CCGCCCGCUGCUCUCCCAAUCACCAGCCAGUUCUUUACCGUCUAUAAUCGUCGCCAAAGUAUGAGUCGAGGAGGAAAAUUGGCCCCGGAAGUCAACCGCUUCAACGUUACCCCAGAGGAACUCUUCGAUCUCUUUGGCAAGUUCGGCCCUGUGCGCCAAAUCCGCCAGGGUAUUGCCAACCACAGCAAGGGCACCGCCUUCGUCGUCUAUGAGGACGUGAUGGACGCAAAAUCGGCUUGCGACAAGCUCAACGGCUUCAACUUCCAGAACCGGUAUCUCGUCGUGUUAUAUCACCAGCCAGAUAAGAUGCUCAAAGCUGCGAAUGAUCUUGCCGAACGCCAAGAAAACUUAGAAAAACUCAAAAAACAGCAUGGUAUUGACUAG